GCCAGUCUACAAACUGCAGCGGUAAACUGGGAAUCGAUCGCUUCAGGAAAACUUUUCCAGCCUGCUAUAAAACAAUAUGCAGAUAGCCAUUACUUUUUAUCUAUUUUUUUCGGUUCAUUUGGUUUAUUCUAGGAAAUUGAAAGUCGGCGUUCAUGAGAAAUUACAAAGAGACGUUUACGACGCCUUAUUACUUAAUGCUCAACUUCGGAAUUCUGUUGAAGAUUUCUAUUUUGACAAUUAUACAAAUCUAUCUUCUUACGGCCAGAUAACUUCGUAUAGAAAACUAAUGAAAGACUACAAUAUUGAUUACGUGCUAGGAAUUGAUGAUGAAAAUUUUCAAAUAGCCGCAUUAUCAUUAAACGUUUCAUAUUUUGAUGUCUCGAAUUAUAUUGUUAGAAGGAAGAAUGAAGUUAACACGUAUAAAUUACAUCCAGAUCAGGAAACAAUCAAUAACUGUUUGCUGGAUUUAAUAUGUGCUUACAAGUGGAAGCAUGUGGCAAUAUUUUAUGAACCUCAUUACUUUAGGACGCUAAGAACCUUCUUCAAUUCGAGAUACUCCUGCAAUUUCCAUUUGAAAGUUCAUUUGUUCGAAAUAGAGGAGGAUGAGAGGAGCUAUAAUGGAAUUCUACUAAGUGCCAAACCUCACAUGCAUAUGUUGAUUAUAGCUAGAUUUGAAAUUGUAGUUUCUAUGCUGGAAAGGGCAACAUCUUUAGGAAUAAUCGCUAGUCCUUAUACAUGGCUGUUUAUAAACUUGAACUCUACGGAACUUCCAGAAAAAUUUCACGAUCUCCUCUACAUAAAUAUAACAUAUAUAUCCCUAAAGAAGACAGAUAAUUAUGGCCUCCAAGUUGCACUAGUGGACGAUGCUAUUAACUUUAAGGAAAAGUCGAAAAUGAGAAUUUAUGGAAAAACUGGAACAGUACAGUUCGAUGCGAAUGGCUAUAGAUCUAAUAUAUCACUCUAUGCGCAUGGACUAACGCCGAAUAGAACCAAAGCAAGCGUUAAAAUAGGCGUUUGGGAAAAUCAGUCGCCCCUAUUUGUCCAAAGGUUCAAAUUUUUUGGUAAGGAUAAAGUACCCGUCAAUCUAAACGGAGUGCUUAAAUCAACGCUAACCAGAGUUGUUACAAUUUUGGAAAAACCGUUUGUCAUGAAAACUGAAACCGGUUAUAAGGGAUUUGCUAUAGAUCUAUUGGAGGAAAUUGCCAAAGAUUUACAAUUUCGAUACGAAAUCUAUACUGUUCAUGAUCAAAAGUUCGGAUCGGUGCAGCCUGAUGGCACGUGGAGCGGUCUUAUUGGAGAGAUUUUAUCUCGUAAUGCAACCAUGACUAUUGCUCCCUUAACAAUGAACGCUGAGAGGGAAGUGGCUAUAGACUUUACAAAACCAUUUAAGACCAGGGGUAUUACAGUUCUAAUGAAAUCCCCUGAACACACUCCCUCUUAUUUUCAAUUUCUAAAGCCCUUGGAUAUCCUUGUCUGGAUAUCAGUCUUAAUAACAAUGGCCAUUAUAUCGGCACUUUUAUAUACUUAUGAAAAAUAUUCACAUUUACUACACUCUGCCCCGUCUGGUUUACAAGGCUACGAAUCUGCAUGGUUUGUUUGGGGUUCAUUAGUAUCUGGUGGAACGGAACAAACUCCGGGAACUAUUUCUGGUCGAUUAUUAUCAUCCGCUUGGUGGUUUUUCUGCCUUAUUCUCAUCUCUUCGUAUACGGCCAAUUUGACCGCAUUCCUAACUGUCAAAGUUAUUCAAACACCAAUUAAAACACCGGCUGAUCUUGCAGCUCAAACAAAAUUACCUUAUGGCACAGUUAGAGAUUCCGAUGUUCUAAUGUUUCUAAAUCAUUCGGACAUUGAGCCCUAUAGAACAAUGUGGAAUUCAAUUCAAUCAUCUCACAAAACAGUGAUCGUAAACAGCACCGAGGAAGGUGUCAAAAGAGUUAAACAAGGUAAUUACGCUUUUCUAUGGGACAAUACGGUCUUAAAUUUUAUUGCUGGGGAAAGUGAAGACUGUCAAUAUAUGGAGAUAGGCCCACCGUUCGAUUAUAAGGGAUUUGGUAUAGGAGUUCCCCCAGGCGCCAUCUACAGGGACGAAUUAUCUAUCGCAAUACUUAAAUUGCAAGAUAGUGGAAAAAUAAAUCAACUGGAAAAUAAAUGGUGGCCACCCAGCGCAUGCAAACCCAUCGAUUCACCAUCAACCGACAGUACCACAGAAUUAAAAAUGGUAAAUGUAGCUGGUCUCUUCUUUGUCGUCAUUUUCGGUAUAGCUAUAUCAGCCAUAAUAUUCAUUUGUGAAAUCUAUUCGAGAAAAAAGAAUCAGAAUCGAAGAGAUGAAAAAACGCGACAGAAAUUGGCAAGAUUAGAAGAAUUAUCGCGUUCUUUAAGUACCGGUCGUAAAUCGACAACUAGUUCAAGGCGUUCAAGCCGAAAUUCAAGAAAUGAUAUAAGAUUAUAAUAAAUACUUUAAUAAUUUUAAUAUUAAUAAUUAUACAAAACAGUAUUUGAUCGAAAUAAAAGAAAUCAUACUUUUUUUUAGGUUUUUCUUUAUUUUUAUGUCAAUUUCUUUUUUGUUAUCUAUCGUUGCUAUUAAUAAAAUAAUUACAUAUUUUGUUUUUUUAAAAAAAAAAUAAAGAAGACAAAGACUUUAAAAUUUUUUAGGAUAUAAUAGAAAAUUGAAUGUUUUCA